CAUGGAAUUUAAUCCUUUAAAAACAUAGCCAUUCUCUCCUAAUGCUUACUCCACAACUCCAAAAACUCAUCUCCCCUGUUCCAUCUCCAACACAAAAAACAGAGCAAACACAAACAAAAAAGAGAAAAAAAAUGGAGAAAUCAAUAGAAAUUUUCGAUGUAAUCGUCAUUGGUGCUGGUAUAAUGGGUAGUUGCACAGCUUAUCAAACAUCAAAACGUUAUCAAAAGACACUACUUUUAGAACAAUUCGAUUUCUUGCACCAUCUUGGUUCUUCCCAUGGCGAAUCAAGAACCAUACGAGCCACUUACCCCGAAGACUACUACCCGAAAAUGGUCUUAAAAUCCGAGACCCUUUGGAGAGAUGCUGAAGAACAAAUUGGAUACAAAGUCUACUUCAAAACUCCACAACUCGAUAUAGGACCUUCUAACAACAAAGCACUUAAAGCUGUCAUUUCUAGCUGCAACAAAAACUCGAUCCCUUUUCGUGUUAUUGAUCGUAACACGAUGUUUCAAGAAUUCGAUGAUUUGAUUCAAUUACCUGAUAAUUGGAUUGGUGUUGUUACAGAGUAUGGUGGUGUUAUUAAACCAACGAAAGCUGUUUCGAUGUUUCAAACACUUGCGAUCAAGAAUGGAGCUUUUUUGAAAGAUAACAUGGAAGUUGUUGAUAUCAAGAAGGAUAGUUUAACAGGGGGUGUUUUGGUUAUGGCGAAAAAUGGAGAAAUAUUUAGUGGGAAAAAAUGUGUUGUUACUGUUGGUCCAUGGAUGAAUAAAUUAGUUAGAAAUAUAACAGGAAUUGUAAUUCCAAUUCAACCAUUGGAGACAACUGUAGUUUAUUGGAAGAUUAAAAAAGGGUAUGAGUCAAAAUUCACUAUUGGAAAUGGUUUUCCAUCUUUCGCUAGUUACGGUGAGCCGUACAUAUACGGCACACCGUCACUCGAGUAUCCGGGAUUGAUUAAAAUCCCGAUACAUGGUGGACGCCCCUGUGAGCCUACUGAUAGGACGUGGGAGCCCACACAGAGUCUGGAUCCACUCAAGAAGUGGAUCCAGGAGAAAUUCGGAGACCUCGUUGAUUCAACGAGGCCGAUCGUGACGCAGUCGUGUAUGUACUCGGUGACACCAGAUGAGGAUUUUGUGAUUGAUUUUCUUGGUGGAGAGUUUGGAGAUGAUGUUGUGGUUGGUGGUGGAUUUUCUGGGCAUGGGUUCAAAAUGGGACCAAUUGUGGGGAAAAUAUUAAGUGAUCUUGUUAUAGAUGGAGAAACAAAAGAUGUGGAGUUGAUGCAUUUUAGAAUUAAGAGAUUUGAGAAAAAUUCUAAAGGAAAUUUGAAGAAUUUUGAUGAUCAAGUGAGUUCAGCACAUUAAGUGAAA